AACCUUUCGGCGCAACGUAGCACUUUUAUGGUGCCUCCGCUAGUUUAAAAGCUUUUAGGAAGGGUUACCAAUUUCCUAUAAAACACGGAUAUUUCACCUAAAAACCCAGGAAGUAUUGUUUUUACGCUUCAACGGAGGGCAAAAUACGCUUCUGAACAUAUAGUCCGUGGGUUGCGAAUUUGAAGAGCCUUUGAGAAGGAACGUACAUAACUGUUCAGAGUUGCAGUAGAAGCAGAAUGGAAGGAAGAGGGAUGGAGGAAGACUCUCACAAAUCUGGUGUCGUGGAUGCCCUUGACUCUGACAUUGCUGAACACAAGAAAACUGCUCUCCAGGAAGGCAAACUGGAUCUGGCUAUUAAUUCUCUUUUAGACAUAGAGAAGCAGCUCAGGCUUCUUGCUGAUGUUUCUGGUACGCGAAAAGUGGUAGUUGCAAUAGUGCAGCUUUGCUAUGAAGCACGUGCGUGGAAGACAUUAAAUGAGCAAAUUACUCUUCUAUCCAAGAAAAGAGGACAGCUUAAGCAGGCAGUCACUGCCAUGGUCCAACAAGCAAUGCAGUAUAUUGAUGAAACACCUGACCUGGAUACGCGAAUUGAGCUCAUCAAAACACUAAAUAAUGUCUCUGCUGGGAAGAUUUAUGUUGAAAUAGAAAGGGCCCGAUUGGUCAGAAAGCUUGCAAAAAUAAAAGAGGAACAGGGUUUUAUUGCUGAGGCGGCUGACCUAAUGCAAGAAGUUGCUGUAGAGACAUUUGGAGCAAUGGCUAAGACAGAAAAAAUAGCAUUUAUCCUUGAACAGGUUCGAUUAUGUUUGGAUAGGAAAGAUUACAUGCGUGCCCAGAUACUCUCUAGGAAGAUCAACCCUAAAGGAUUUGAUGCUGAUACAUCAAAGGAGAAAAAGAAACCAAAGGAAGGUGAUAAUAUGGUUGAGGAGCCUCCUCCUGAAAUUCCUUCAAUACUGGAAUUGAAGCGUAUCUACUAUGAGCUAAUGAUUAGGUAUCAUUCUCACAGUAAUGAUUAUUUGGAAAUCUGCCGCAGCUAUAAGUCAAUUUAUGAAAUACCUGCAGUGAAGGAAGAUCCAUCUCAGUGGAUUCCUGUUUUGAGAAAAAUCUGCUGGUACCUUGUAUUAUCACCCUAUGAUCCCAUGCAAUCAAGUCUUCUUAAUGCUACACUUGAAGAUAAGAAGCUAUCUGAAAUUCCAAAAUUUCGUGCAUUGUUAAAGUACUUUGUUACAAUGGAAGUGAUACAGUGGGUGCCCUUUUGGGAUGUAUACCAAAAUGAAUUUGAGCAGGAAACAAAUAUGCCAGGAGGGUUUCUAGGUGAUAAAGCUGCUGAGCAUCUUAGAGAGCGUGUCAUUGAACAUAAUAUUCUAGUUGUGUCAAAAUAUUAUUCACGAAUUUCUCUGGCACGACUUGCAGAGUUAUUAUGCCUCAGCAUUCAGGAAACAGAAAAACAUCUCUCUGACAUGGUGGUUUUGAAGUCUUUGGUAGCAAAGGUUGAUAGGCCUGCUGGUAUUGUAAGUUUCAGGACUGCUCAAGACAGUAAUGAAAUUCUCAACUCAUGGUCUGUUAAUAUAGAAAAACUGCUGGAACUUGUUGAGAAGAGCUGCCAUCAAAUCCACAAGGAAACAAUGGUCCACAAGGCUGCUUUAAAAGUUCAAUAGACUGGAAAAUAGAGUAUUUUAGACAAUUAUUUGUCUAAAAUCUAAUUUUUUUCAUUAUCAAAUGCAAGAUUUGAAGCACAUCAAGAAGAAGUAAUCAGUGUUCCUUUGUCCCUGGCAUCAAUCGUUGAUAUUUACUAGUAAGAAUAUCUUGAGGGGAAGGAGGGUAGUCUAGUCUAAGUAAAAUUAAAUGAAUUUGAACACAACGGCCACAUGUUCUUGAUUUUGCUUCCGCUUUUCAACUUUCUUGGCUUCCCUGUUUUUAGCAUGUACUGAUGGAACUGAGUCAGUGCAUAAAUUUUUGAGCUUCUGCUAUGAAUGCUAAUCUCCUAUUUAUUUGAAUCCCCUGUUGUCCUUAUUAAAGGAUUAAAGGAAUUUGUAACAUGAAAAAUAGUUUUAUCUUAAACUCUGAAUUCAAAUUUGCAAGAAUUAACAAUUUUUUUUUCCUA